GCGUGGAGUUCCCGGAUGGAGCAGCGACGCCAUCUUUACGCAAGUGCUACCGGUGGGUCUUCGGCUCAGCGGAGCGACGGCACUGUUGCUGAUCCACCACCAGGAAUCGCCGAGCAGCCGAUAAUUUCUCCCUUUCCACCGGGCCGCUACGAGAAGCCCCAGAACCCGAGCACCAUGGCAGACAGAGACAAUUUAGUAUACCAGGCUAAACUGGCCGAGCAAGCGGAGCGAUACGACGAAAUGGUGGAGUCGAUGAAGAGCGUGGCCAGCAUGGACGUGGAGUUGACGGUGGAGGAGAGGAACCUGCUGUCCGUAGCGUAUAAGAACGUGAUCGGAGCCAGAAGAGCCUCCUGGAGGAUAAUCAGCAGCCUCGAACAGAAAGAAGAGAACAAAGGCGGCGAAGACAAACUAAAGAUGAUCCGAGAAUACAGGAAAACGGUUGAGAAAGAGCUGAAAUCAAUCUGCAAUGACAUUCUGGAUGUACUGGACAAGCACCUCAUCUUAGCUGCUACCACGGGAGAAUCUAAGGUUUUCUACUACAAAAUGAAGGGAGAUUACCACAGGUACCUGGCAGAGUUCGCCACAGGCAACGACAGGAAGGAGGCGGCCGAGAACAGUUUGGUAGCGUACAAAGCUGCGAGCGACAUCGCCAUGAUCGAACUCCCUCCGACGCACCCCAUCCGUCUGGGACUGGCCCUUAACUUUUCAGUUUUCUAUUAUGAAAUCCUCAACUCGCCGGACCGUGCUUGCAGGUUGGCGAAGGAAGCGUUCGACAACGCCAUCGCAGAACUGGACACGCUGAGCGAGGAAAGCUAUAAGGACUCAACACUUAUCAUGCAGUUGCUACGUGACAACUUGACACUAUGGACCUCAGACGUGCAGGGAGACGAUUCUUAAGGACAGUCCUCCUCCUCCCCUCUUCUCCGUUAUAGAAGUGUAUUUUGUGAAGAACAGAACAAAGAAGCACUGCAAGAUGCGGAGGACGAGGCCCAGUGAGACUGAACAACACAAGACAAGCUCUCCUCCUCCUCCUCCUCUUUCUCCUCCCCCCUCCUCCUCCUCCUCUCCUCGAAGCAUUAGCUCCUGUCCCCAGCCAACGUUUUCAGCUGGGUUUAUACUACAGCCCACUCUCUCUUUCUCCUCCCUUUUCUCCAUUUUCCUCCCUGUCUCUUUCUCCUCGUAUGCACGUCCUUCCCCGGUCCCCCUCCGGCUCCGCUCGGGUCCUCGUUUCCAAAACCUCUCCGGGGGUUUUACCUGAUUUUGACGACUUUUUUUGUUCUUUUUUUGCAAGCCUGUACCCUUUAAAGGUCCGUGUCCUCUUUUACUGUUUUUACUUUGCCGUAUCAUCUGUUGCCAAGUACGCUCACCUGUAUUUGUAACACACACAUAUGCAAAGAGUUUAUUUAAAAAGACAAUACUUUGCUGUUUUCCCCCUGUGUAUGUGUGUUUAUGAAUAAUAUCUUGUCCAUGCUUCUUCUUGUAGCGGCGGUGGAAGGUUUAAAAGGGACGCGUUAAAGCUUUUAGGAAGAACUAAGUGCCCUGUUUACUUUGUGGUUACCAAACCUGCUCCUUCAGCUCGUCAGUAUUUUUAUUUUUAUUUCUUUUUUUUUUUUUCUAAAGACAAACAUCAGAAUGUCCCCCUUCUCCGAGCAUCACUCUGACCUCUACUCCCGUCCACUCUCGGACCAAGUUUUGUGCUGCGAGGCUGUAGCGCUUUUUGCUAAUGGCAGAUAGUUAGGUAAUGGCUUUUUAACAGUGCGUGGGAGGGGAAUGCUCAACACUCUCUGAUUGUAAUGUAAUGCAGUUUUUGCAUUGACACUAUAUAAAAACAGUUUGGAAAAUAGAGGCCUGCUGUAUCUUUACUCCUCCCCCCCCUCCCUCCCCUCUCCUCCUCCCCCUUCCCUCCCGGCUGUCUUCCCUCUCAUUUCCUCUCUUCUUCCUUCUGUUCAGUAUGUGUAACGUGAAUCUGAUUUGUACUACUGGAUAUUCUCACCGGAGCCACAAGUACCAUCUGUAUUCUUACUGAAACACAGCAUGGAAUUAACAUUAAACUUCAAAUGUUAAAAUAA